UUGAGAGAUACAAACAGCCAUCAAGAUAUAUUAGAGAUAGCAACAGCGAAACGGAGUCAAGGAUUUAAACUGGGGUGGAAACUGGCUGCAUAUUGGAUUUUACUACCGGGAGACCGAGUGGACGUGCUUUACUUUGGACCGGGCUUGAAACUGAACCAGAAAUAAAAUGCCCAGUUUAGCCGGUAUAUCCCAAUUUUGAACGGGAUCUCAACGUGUGAAGGCUGCAGUCAGUGAAAUUGGCCUUUCCUUUCCCCUGCUGUUGGAUUUCUUGGGAGUACACUGAUUGAUUUGUCUGUUUAUUUUGAAAAAUUUCGGGCGGUUUAGUUGAUUUUACCCUUACUACCUGGAUCUAUGGAGUGCACUUAAAUAUUCCUUGGAUCGGGGUCUGCAAGUGGGGGCAAAAUGUGGGUAACUGGGAAGGGGAUACCAAGACCCUGAGGCUGCUUGAACCCUUCUCCCACUGCCCCCAGUAGUCUGAGAAGCGUCAGACCUUACUGUGGCAAGCCUGGGCCGCUGGCACUAAAAUGUCCCUAAGUAGUGGCACUGCAGGCGGGAAAGGUGUGGACUCGAAUGCGGUGGACACUUACGACAGCGGCGAUGAGUGGGACAUUGGUGUUGGCAAUCUAAUCAUCGACCUCGACGCUGACCUAGAGAAGGACAAACUCGAGAUGUCUGGCACCAAGGACGGCGGGGGCAUGGCGGCACCCCCCAGCGCCGUGGCAGCUCUGCCCGACAAUAUCAAAUUCGUUAGUCCCGUGCCCGCCCCCCAAGGCAAGGAGAGCAAAUCAAAAUCCAAGCGGAGUAAGAACUCGAAGGACAGCGGCAAGGCUGCAGCUGGAGACGCAGCUAAGAAGGAGGUCCAAGGGCGGGCUCAGGCAGAGGGCACGGGAGCGGCGGCCGGCACCGGGGGAACCGCCAACGCCAGCGCCGGGAAGGGCGCAGAAAAGAGCGGGAAGGCCUCCCGUAGCGUGCCCAGCAACAAAAAGGACAAAGAGGGGGCUUCUGGGAAAAGCAAGAAGGAGAAGAGCGACAGCGUGGCGGCCGCGGCUGUCGCCGCCGAGAAGGACGUGGGAACGCCAGCUCUGGCUCUGGGGGUGGCUCGCAGCACCCCUUUCGAGGGAACGCAAAGUACGGACUUGGCAGCCGCCGAGCAACUUGGGAAUAUCGCCCUUGAAUCUGCCGGGAUAGUCCAGCCGUUGGCCAUCAAAAGCGAACCGGAGGAGCUGGAGAGUAGCGACUGCAGGACCUUGAAGAAAGUGAAAAGUGAGAAGGGUCACGCGCGAGCAAUCGGUCUUCACGACAGCACAGCCCGGGCGCUUUUCGUGCAGCCCACGGCCUCCUGCUCGCCGCCGUCAGCGGCAGAGUGUGACACGGCCUGA